AUGCAAAAGCAUGUAACGGAAUUUAUAGAAAAUUUAAUUGAUGAUGCCAACCCUAGAACAAUAGAUUUUGCGAUAAGCCUAUUUCGUAAUAAAGAUACAAAGCUAUACGAUCUGAAAUGCACAAUUUAUGAAUUAUUAUUUAAAUUAUUCAUAAAUAAUGACAUUUCUUUAAAUAGUUUAUAUGUAAAAAUUUGUCAUAGCCAACAUGCUCUUAAUGUUAUGAUUUUCAAUGAAAUAUGCAAGAAACCAAAAUUUCUAUCAGACAUCAAAUAUUUUACAUUAGAUUUUGAUAGGUGUAAAGUUAUUCCUCAUUUACCGAUACCUUCCUUCGAGUACUCCCCAUCAGCGAUAACUUCAAACAAGCAUUUUACAAUUUAUUUUAAUUCGAAAAAGAACUUAUCUGAGAGGAAUUUAAAAUAUUUUAUUAAAUCACAAACGCAACUUUUAUCCCUCACACUUUAUACUAUAUCAUCAAAAGUAGCUUACUUAAUGAGUGCUUUGAAGUAUUGUUCUAAUACUUUAACUUCAAUUGAGUUUAAUUCUUGUGAUUUUAACGACAUGCCAUCAUUGAAUGGACUUAAUUACCUUAUACACCUUGAAUCACUUCAAUUCAAACAUUGCAAAGGGAUAACAGUUCAGGUUUUUCGACCCUUACUUGACAUUUCUACUCCACUAAAAAUCAAAACUUUAACACUAGAGGGUUUAAGUAUAGAAAUUACUUUUAUUCAAUCAUUGUUUCAAAAAAUCGGUUCUUUUCUGGAAAAUCUGGGAAUACAUCUCGGGAUUGGAAGAAUAAACAUUUUUGAAUUUCAUUUGUUUAAAUUAAUCACUCAUGUUCGCAAACAUCUCAAAUAUCUUUCGCUUCAAAUUCGGAAUCAUCGUCAACCUUGUUUUAUUGAGUCGGAAUAUGAACAACAACUAAGAGUUAGUUCCAUGAUCUUGACAAAUUUGGGUCAAAUCUUACCAGAUACUUUGAAAUAUUUGGAAUUAAAACUUGUAAUUGAUCCAAUUAAAUUGAAAAUCUUUUUGGAUAAUUGUAAACACAUUGUUGGUUUAAACAGUCUACUGGUUAUGAAUAAUUCCCAAAAUGAUAUUAUUUUUAAUGUUUUAAAAGAAUUUGUAAGGGAGAAAAAG